UCGAGCACUUCAUUCGAUGCAGCCUUGUCAACAGUCGUUAAACCAGGCGAAUGUCCACGUUUGAUGGGUGGUUUAUGCGUGAUGCAGUGCACUUCGGAUGCACAAUGUUCAGGCGCAUUGAAGUGCUGCAGUAAUGGAUGUGGCUAUGAGUGCACAAUCGCUACAUAUUCACUACCACUACUCAACAACUUACCAAUACUACCAAUCACAUCAACAAGAUCACGAGCGAAAUUAGGCUCGAAAACUCCGGAAGGGUAUGGGGAAGAUGGGGGGCCCGAUAACCCCGUGGGUCUCGGGGGCCCACGAGGCUAA